CCUCGGCGCUUGCGUCCGCUAUACGUAAUUGUUGGACAAUAACGUCGCUGUCUUGCGCUGUCUCUAACGGAGCGAAAAACGCGCCGCGACACGGUCGAUCGGAUGAAACGCGGUAUCGUCGAGUGUGACGGAACGAUACAUACGGAGAGCCAUGAAAGAGGAGCCGCGCGAUCGUUCGUCGGAAUCAUCGAUCGAGAAUAAUUUCAGAGUAGAGUGAAGAAGGAAAAAUAGAAAAAAAAAAACGGGGCCAGGAAAGAAACGCAGAGGGGCCCUGUGAAAAAAACAAGUGAGAGAGAGAGAGAGAGAGUGAGAGGGGGGGAGAGUGAGCGAACGACGAACGAGAUAAAGAGAAAGAAAGAAAGAAAGAAAGAAAGAAAGAGAGAGAGAAAGAGAUAGGGAGAGAGUGGGACGAAGUGUCGGUUAUAAUAGUCGCAUAACACGCGAUCCUGGUGGGCACGUCUCGACGGCGCCAUAAACCGUGUGCGCCAUUCGUUCGGCAAAGCACGUCGUUUCCGCGGAAGGGCAGAUGCCCUUACGCGGUACAUCGUAUCGUUGGUGGUUUCGUUCUUGCACGUCCGGAUCGCCUCAUUUUGCAAGAUCCGGCACGGUUCUAUUGUUCCUCGCGUGUCCACGUUCCUCGCGUUUUUCAUAUUUCACGACGAACUGUCGACCGCCCCCCCGUGGGGGGCAGUUCUCUCUCUGUCGACGCCGUCGUUCUCCUUUUAUUUUGGAAAAAAUAAAGAAAGUUCCAGGAAUAAACGUAAGCGCGGCGGCGAUUCCCUAUACGGAUUUAAUAGCAGCGCCGUCGAAAGGCAAAACAAAAAUAAUAAUAAUAAUAAUAAUAAUAAUAAUAAUAACAACAACGAAAACGACGACGGCAACGGCGACGGCGACGACGUCGUCGAAAACAUCGAUAACGACGUCGAAGGCGGAAACUACGACGAGGAGAACGACGACGACGACGACGACGACGACGACGACGACGUCGACGAGAACGACGAGGACGAGCAGAACCAAACCAAGAGAGAUAAGAACAGUUGAGAGAAGAAGAACUACGGGAGAUAGAAUAACGAAUAGCAGUCUUUUAUUCGGGAUAAAUACGGCGUAUAGGAGCAUAGGGAAAAGAACGUCAACUUCGAGAACAAGGAAGUGGAGGAGGACGAAGACGAGAACAAGGAGGAGAACGACGACAGCAGCGAUAGCAACGCCACCAGUGCAGCCGCCAUCAACAUCGUGAAGCAGUUGGCUGUACGACGUGAAGAGAAAGAAGAAGGAGAGGAAAUGCUCGUAGGUCCGCGAGCGGCGGUACGAUCAAAUAUGGAGGCUCGGCCGGCCCUCUAAACGCGUUUGUGGACCUUUCCUCUCUGUGUCUGCAUAACCAGCCGCCGUGCGCGCACGUGUGCCGUCGCGGCCAACUAUCGAGUCUGUUGCUGUUGCUGCUUUACCGUUUCUCCUUCGUGUGCUACUCGACUUCCUUCCCCUUACUUUAUUCUAUUUUCUCUCUUACUCUCUCUUUCUCUCUCUCUCUUUUUCUCUCUCUUUCUCUCUCUCUCUCUCUCUCUCUCUCUCUCUCUCUUUCUCUCUCUUUCUCUCCGUCUAUAUCUCUUAUUAGUUUCUUAUUCUUGAGCCUCGUCAAAGCUGGAGAAUGGAGCUCCGCGUUGGAAAUAAGUACCGGCUCGGACGGAAAAUCGGGAGCGGCUCCUUCGGGGAUAUUUAUCUGGGUACCAACAUCUCAACUGGCGAGGAAGUCGCCAUCAAACUGGAAUGCAUAAAAACACGGCAUCCCCAACUUCACAUAGAAUCGAAAUUCUAUAAAAUGAUGCAAGGAGGAGUUGGUAUUCCUACGAUAAAGUGGUGUGGUUCAGAAGGAGACUAUAAUGUAAUGGUAAUGGAAUUACUUGGUCCAUCGUUGGAGGAUUUAUUUAAUUUUUGUUCCCGGCGAUUUACAUUAAAGACUGUGUUACUCCUUGCGGAUCAAUUGAUAAGUAGAACAGAUUAUAUCCACAGUCGAAACUUCAUCCAUCGAGAUAUCAAGCCAGAUAAUUUUUUGAUGGGUCUAGGAAAGAAAGGAAAUCUCGUAUACAUCAUAGAUUUUGGUUUAGCUAAAAAAUAUCGCGAUGGUCGCACACACAAACAUAUACCUUAUCGAGAAAACAAAAAUUUAACUGGAACAGCCAGAUACGCGAGUAUAAACACACAUUUGGGAAUUGAACAGUCACGGCGAGACGAUCUUGAGUCUCUAGGAUAUGUUCUCAUGUAUUUCAACAGAGGUAGUUUACCGUGGCAAGGAUUAAAAGCAGCUACGAAAAGGCAAAAAUACGAGCGUAUUUCGGAAAAGAAGAUGUCAACGCCCAUCGAAGAAUUAUGCAAGGGUUAUCCUAUCGAAUUUGGCUCCUAUCUGAAGUACUGUCGGGCACUAAGAUUUGAGGAAAGGCCUGAUUAUUCGUAUCUUCGGCAACUCUUCCGGACAUUAUUCCAUGGUCAGGGCUUCACAUACGAUUAUGUCUUCGAUUGGAAUAUGUUGAAAUUUGGCAAUACCAGACAACAAACCUUGCCUUCGGUGCAGCAGACACCAAUGCACUCUCAACCGACAAAUGCAGCGCUGCCAUCUGGAACCAAUAAUGAACAGGAGCAUAGAUCAAGGCCGUACACUCGACAGUGUCUGGCAAAUGCGUCGGUUGCAACGAUGGGUCAAACGGUAGGGGGAACGUCGUCGAAUCUGAGAACCAUACGGCAAAAGCGCCGCGAAGCGUUGGAUGCUCAUGGUGACCAGGACAAUCAGGACAAGAGCGAUCUGCAAGCAUCGGGUGCAGGUGGCCAAGAACGAAGGGUCAGCAUGCGGUUGCACCGUAGAGAUGCAGCUUCAGCUGCAGGAGAAAUGCAGUCCAAAUCCAAGUAUUAGAAGAGUUAAGAGAAGAAAAACAAAGGCGUCUAAUGCGACAUCUUCGAGUGUGAACAAAAAUGAGAAUUAAAAGAAAAAAAAGAGAACUAUACCUUGUCCAGCACCUGUGACGAGAAUACGCUUGCCUUGGAAAUUAAUAUCCAUUGUGAUCGUUUUAACGGAGCUAAUAUGGCGUACUGUUUAAUCAAGAAAUAUAUAUGAUAGUGAUUUCGCUCGAUGUAUGUACGUAUCAGUUUUAUGACUGACUUAACUAAAAGAACGAGAUCUUUCGUCUGAAGUAUAUAUAUAUAUAUUUGCAUAUAUAUAUAUAUACACGUACAGAUAUAUAUUAUAUAUAUUAUAUAUAUGUAUACAGAUCAUGCGCAUUGGCAUUAACUGACUAUAGCAAGUUCAAUUUCGAUUAAUCGAUCAAUAAAUCGAAUAGCUUAUUAACAAUAUUGCAAACUUAGUGUAGAAAAAUAUUAAAAUUAAUAUAUAUAUAUAUAUAUAUAUAUAUAUAUAUAUAUAUAUUAUAAUCAUUUUAUUAGAUUCAUUUUUGGACAUAAUUUUUAUAAUGUCGAAUAUUUAAUAAAAGAAGAACAGAACAUUAUUUAAACAUAUUUAUAUAGAUUGUAUGAUAAAUCGUCGAGAUGAUCAACGCUAUCUGACGGUAGAACUUUGUAUUAUUAUCUUUAAUGAUUUACACUCGGUCGGUAUAACAUACGCGUGAAAUUUUUCUACUUGGUCGGUAAGGCAGAUACUAGAGGACGGAUUUAUAGCUUUCAAUAAUAUAAUUAUAAGUACUUGAAGUAUAUGAAAGAAAUAAUUACAAUAGUUCAUGUGCACAUCGCUUAAUUUAUUCGUGCAUUAAAUAUGGCAAUUAUAUAUUAGGUCAUUACACAUAAGUUAGUAUAUCUUAUCACGUAGAUCAGUAUAUUAGAAUUUUUCUUGUUAAAUAAAUAACAAUGUUUUUUUUCCUUUGCGUCCGUAGUUGAUAAUUCAUUAAUAAGUGACUUGUUAUAAAAUAAUAUUAGUCAAUAUCGGUGAUAAUUAAGUAAGUUAUUUCUUUUUAAUUAUGUCGAUUUGAAUGUUAUCAGAGAAAGUAAAAAAAAAAAAAAAGUACGAUAGAAAUGAUGCAGCAAUAAUUUAAUAAAUCACAAUAAAUUUUUGUUUAAAGUGAGAAAGUUUGUUUAUACACUUUUAAACAAUUAAUUUUGAAUUUAAAUAUAAUCUAUUAAUAUUAAAUAUAAUACCAUUAAAAAAUUGAUGUUCAUUAUUAAAUAUUAUUAUUAUUAUUCUUAUUAUUAUCAUCAUUAUUAUGUUAUCAUAUUAAUCUAUUAAUAAUUUUAAUCAAUAAACUUAUACGUGUGUGUUCUUUUUAUUAUUUAAAGAAAAUAUGCCGAAGCCUAUAGAAUACUCAUCUUCUAUAUAUAUAUAUAUUAAAUAUAAUUAAUGGAGAGAAAGAGAAACAAACGGACGGACAAAAACAGAAAGAGAGAAAGAGAGAAAAAAAAAAGAAAUUAUGUGAUUUUCUAUGAGACGUCCUUGGAGUUAUGAUUCAAAUUGUCUAUCCUGAGCGCUAUAUGAUCGUACGAUUUCACGGAUGGUUGAAUUAAAAUUUCC